AUGAGGGUCGACUAUUCGUGUUUAGUUGUUCUGGCCACCGUCUCCGCACUCGUUUCUCCACAAUGUUGUCAAAAAGUGAGCCGAGAUGAGACUCGCGCGAAUAAGUUGAAUGGCUCUGCGGUUGAUUUCGACUCCUUCAGAGAAAUCUUUGAUCGCGCGUAUGAAGUCAACGGCGAAGAAUUCAGCCGUCGUCACCUCUGUUUUCAGAAUGCUACAAAGCGGCAUACAUACCUGAAUUCAUUCUCCACAGCACCACAGUCUGCCAAGUAUGGCAUCAACCAGUUCUCUGACCUCUCACAGAGGGAAUUCAGAGAUAAGUUCCUGCGAACAAGUGUUGACACGGCUCCUCUCUUCUCCGGAGUGAAGACAGAGGGCCUUCCGGACAAAUUUGACUGGAGGGACAAAGCAGUGGUGGCGCCAGUCCAAAACCAACAAGCAUGUGGGAGUUGCUGGGCAUUUAGUGUGGUUGGUGCCAUGCAAUCCGUCCAUGCUAUUGGUAGCUCACAGCUGGUGCAGCUCAGUGUGCAGCAGGUUCUGGAUUGCUGCUUUCAAAAUGAAGGCUGCAAUGGAGGCUCCCCAGUCCGGACUCUGAAUUGGUUAAAGCAAACCAGAGUAAAAUUGGUGCCUCAGUCAGAGUAUCCCUACAAGGCCAAGACAGGAAUCUGCCAUUUUUUCUCUCCGUCACAUGGUGGUGUUGCUUUAAAGAACUUUACUGUUCAUGACUUCAGUGGUCAGGAAGAGGCCAUGAUGGGUCAGCUGGUGGAGCGUGGUCCCUUGGCUGCUGUCGUGGAUGCCGUCAGCUGGCAGGAUUAUCUAGGUGGAAUCAUCCAGCACCACUGCUCCAGCCAAAGGUCUAACCAUGCUGUCCUGAUUGUUGGAUACAACACUGCUGGGGAUAUUCCAUACUGGAUUGUGCAGAACUCCUGGGGAACCACGUGGGGCAAUGAGGGUUACGUUUAUAUAAAAAUCGGUGGCAACGUUUGUGGUAUUGCAGAUUCUGUGGCAGCCAUGUUUCUUUGAUGAGAUGUCGUUUAUUUUUGCCGUCGUGUUAUUGCAUGUGUGUGAGUGACUGUUUGAGUUCACUGUUGCCAUAAUGUAAAUCACACUUUUUUAUUGAAAUGUCACCGUGUUGCAUCAUUAAAGAGAUAGCAUUCAACACACAACACUGCAAAGCUGCAAUAAUAAGAACAGAUGCUUUGUAUAAAAAAUGGAUCUCAUUAAAUACACAAGGCAGAUACAUAUUAUAGGUAAUAUGAGUCAAAAAUCUGUCUAUACAGCCAUCACAAUCACUGCAUAAAUAUAUAACAAAAAUUAAUCUUACAGAAUACUAUACAAAACAUUAUUACACAACUACAUUAUUAACAUUAUGUACACAGUUUGUGGUUCAUGUUUUAUAGUUUUACAUAUGCUAAGCAAAUCUUUCUAUUAAAGUGUUAACAUUGAUUGUUUAUA